CGGCCGAUCUCUUUGAUUAGCUGUUGACGUCGAACGACCGCUGGCCGCGUGAUGGUGAGGGAAGCUGCCUCGGCCAACUGCAAACGCCAGCAGCGUUCCCUUCAGAAAAAAAUAUUUUUGAAAAGGUGGAAAACGCUUGCCGUUCGUUGCCUUCCGCCAACGCUGGCCACACGCGCGACUACAGGCAGGCGAGCGAGCGCACGCGCGUGCGUGCGGCCACAGAAAACGCUUUCCGUGAGUGAGGAACUCAGUGCAAGCGUGUUGAAGACUGUUAGUACCUACCUACACAUUCCGCUAAAGAGUCGCUAGGCGACGAGAGUAAGACUAACGCGGAGGGUGAAACUCCGGGUGUUUCACCAAUGGUCGCUGGCAGAAACUACUUUCUUUUGAUGAACUAACCCCCUUUCUUCCCUUUACCUCCACCUGUCCCCUCCCUCCUUCCCUCCUUCCCUCCCUCCCGCUCACUUCACCUUUGUUCCUCAUCCACCACCUCCUCGUGCAACGCAAGUUGAGGUAGAACACAUCGCCACAGCACGUGUGAACCGGUAAGGCGAGGACAAGAGUUUCGCGUCUGGAACAAUUCUGCGAGUUCCUGUGAGUGUACCCUCCCUCGCGCCUCUUUCAAGUGGCCGCGGUUGCAUCGCAGGAGCCGCAUCUCAAGCACCGGAGAUUGAGAGAGAGGCUGUCUGUGAAUGACCCACACCAUUCGUAAGUCCGCGAGAGAACUGCUUUCAGUUUCCGUGCUCUCUUUGCUCCCACACCUACCUUUACUCCGAGUUGAAAUUCGGGGGAAAAGAAUGCGGCAUCUUGUGACGAGCGCCAUCAUCGUACUGUUGUGUCCGUCUCACUGAGUGACAGUCGCCGGCGACAGUGUUAGUGUUAGUGUUAGUGGCUGACCCCUUGGUUUGUCUGCAAUGGCUCUGUGGUCAGCUCGACCAGCGCUGUACAAGCUGAGCUGCGGAGGUUUGCUCUUGGGGUUUGUGAUAUUCCUGGUGGGCUUUUCCACGCCUUACUGGCUGCUGCAUACAGACUUUGCCCUGGGGGCGCACCUGGGGCUCUGGGAGUACUGCAGCGACAGGUGUCUCAGUCUUGAGGUAAGAGAAGACUGGUUUGAAGCUGUUCGAGCCCUGGAGUGCCUGGCUGUCAUUAUUUACUUCACCGCGUGCGUGGUGGCGAUGUACGACAACUGUUUGGCGGAGUACGAUCCUUGCACCCCGCCUUCACGUCGGGUGGAAGUCGUCACGUGCGUGGCUGGUAUGACAGGUGUUGCGGGCCUGGUGAUCUACAGCGUCAUGAUGGACAUCAACCGGUCAGCGGACUAUGUGUUCGGCUGGUCACACACGCUGACCUCCGCAGGUCUGUCCACUGCCUUCCUCGUCGUCAUCUUGAUGGCGGUCACGAACAGAGUCUCGAUCCCUGUUCCUCAGGUAGACUCAGCUGUGAUGGGAACAGAAGAGACCCUAGUAAUGUCUUAUCGCUUCACAGAGCCAGCUGCCUCUCCUCUCCAUCGACCAGGCGCCCCAUACCAAAGCCGUCCGGAUCACAAGUGUCAGCAGUCUGGGACAAGUGCUUCUUGUGUCAGCUCCCAGUGCCAACCAUCCUCCGCUCAGCCCUUAAUCCGAGGCAAGGAACCGGCCAAGAACGGGUGGAAACCAAAGUCUCAUUGUUACCAGACAUGAAUGUGUCAGGCUUCGAACCCUGGUGCCUGAUCCCUCAAAUUUUAGCUGUCAUUUCACAGCGGGUCGUUCACGCCAUGAAGUUUGACUGGGUGACUGAACAUGUCCGUUCAGAUUAAGCUUAUAAUUGUAAGCUGGACUAUAGAGGGGGGUGGAAAUCCCCACGGUUUGGUAAUAAGGGAGUUAAUACGAUAACGGAUUUUGUAUUGAUGGCACAAUGCGUCCAAAACAAACAAAAAAGAGAACAGACGAAUGUGGAUGUAUCGGCUGAGGAGAUAAUGCGACUGUCAUUGGGAAGACUGGCGUGACCAGCAAAUACUUCCACCUACUGGCACCAAUCCACCCAGUUCCAUUGUUUUGCAGGGAGGCUGGCCACAAAUGUUUGUAUUGAUUUUGCUAUGACGAACCUCUCACGAGUGCUAAGCCUUUUGAACAAGCCUCGCGCAGCGGACGGUCCCAAGUAUGGUCGACGAACAAGGCACAUGCGAGAAAAAUAGUCCAAACGUAAAGUGUAUCUUUAUUGCUUUUUUCCGCUCCACCGACUAAACCUGCCUCGCCAAUUUCUUUCUCCUCCUCCUCCUCCUCCUCCACCACCACCACCACCACCACCUCCUCCUCCACCACCACCUCCUCCUCUUCAUCCUUCUCCUCCUCCAGUCGGCUUCCUCACCAGUGCACGCGUUAAGAACAAAGCUGCAUAGAUUUCAGUGCGAAUUUGUUUGGGAGGGGUGGUAUGGAGAGAAGAGGCAAGUUCAGUGCCAGACUGUAACUUUAUUUACCGUGAACCCCGAUGUGAAGAAGGU